AUGGCUUUAGUACCUUAUACAAGUCCACUUGAUAUAGUGUUUUAUCCAGUUUGUGCAUUCUUAUUUUGCGUAAUUGGUUUUGCUUUCUUUGCAACAUUUAUUGUAUCUGAAAUGACCACAGCUAAAGCUCAAAAGAAUAUCUUUAGGGAAUUAACACUCGCAUUAAUUGCAUCAAUGAGUUUAGGUUUGGGUUUAUUUUUCGUUUUAUUAGCUGGUGGUAUCUAUGUUUAA